AUGAGAGAUUGCGGUUCAUAUUCGGAUGUCCGCGAUAAAAACGCGGCACCAGCGUGCGUUGACACCGGCGUCCACCUGCCGUGUGGGGGGAGAUUCGAAAAUCGAACGAUUCACAAAUGUAUGCGCGCGCGCAGUUUUGCGUGUCAUAUCGCGUCAGUCGAUCGCUGGAAUCCGCUGGAGGCGGUCGCGUUCGCGUUUCGGUGUGUGAUUCGUGUUCCUAACUGGGAUUUUGUUGAUAGCCGAGCGAAAUUCUUAUUAUACCAGGACAAGAUUAUACAAAGGCGCAAGAUCAUCGAAGUCGCAUAA